GCUCGAGAAGCCCUUUUCAGAAUACCAGCCUUUUCAUUGAAAGUGCUCAUUUCGAAGAAGACAGCGAUCUCGCCAUGGAUGCUUUGGCUUCUUUGAACUCCAAACUGGCGAGAAUAUUUGUUCCCAUUGGCGUUUCUGAUGCCCAAUUCCCCACGUACGGUCUUCCGCCUAGUACUGCUCUAGUGUGGCGAUGUAUUGGCGACCUUGUUAGUAGACCCUGGUUCCGACGACUUUGGGUACUUUAAGAGGUAGUCCUUGCUAGGGAGAUUGUGGUCAUGUGCGGGUCUAAACGGCUGGC